UUUGUAAAAUAGAAUACAAACAUUUUCCUCCAUUACUAGGCAGUAGGCACCUCCUUCUCUUGGUCUCUCCGCCGCAGACGCAGUCGAACUCUGAACUUCUCCCUCCACAGUGCAUACCACUUCCUUGUUUCUCUUUCGACUUUCCACAAUCGCCACCAAAGCAGCAAUGCUUUCAUUCUCUUACACAAAAUCCCGGUCUUCCCGUUUCCUUCCCUUCCAUUUCCCUCCAUUUCUUCCCUCUUUCUUCCACUCCGUUUCCCUCCCUCUACCUCUCAAUCCCCCCAAAUCCUCCCAUCUUCGUCUCCUUCAUCUCCCUCUCCGCAUCCGCUCCAUCGACGCUGCCCAGCCUUAUGACUACGAGUCCCAGCUUAAAUCGCGGCACCUCAAGUCCCAAUCUCUCAAGAUCGCCAUCAUUGGCUUCGGCAACUUUGGUCAGUUCCUCGCCAAAACCCUCUCUCGCCAAGGCCACACCCUCCUUACUUACUCCCGCACCAACUACAGCGAUGUUGCUAAAAAGCUUGGCGUCACAUUCUACUCCAACCCACAUGACCUCUGCGAGAGCCAUCCUGAAGUUUUGAUCUUAUGCACUUCAAUUCUCUCUACAGAAAAGGUGCUCAAGUCUUUCCCAUUUCAGAGAUUGAAGCGGAGUACCCUUUUUGUUGAUGUGCUAUCUGUGAAAGAGUUUGCUAAGAAUAUUUUGUUGAAGUAUUUGCCUGCUGAAUUUGAUAUACUGUGCACCCAUCCAAUGUUUGGGCCUGAAAGUGGAAAAACUUCGUGGCUUGGUUUGCCUUUUGUGUAUGAUAAAGUUAGAAUCGGUAAUGAGGAGGAAAGGAUGAAUAGGUGUGAGAAGUUUCUUGAUAUUUUUGCUAGAGAAGGCUGCAGGAUGGUAGAAAUGAGCUGUGCUGAGCAUGAUAGGUAUGCGGCAGGGUCACAGUUUGUGACUCACACCAUGGGGAGGGUGUUGGAGAAGUUUGGUUUGGAGUCAUCACCAAUUAAUACCAAAGGUUACGAGACUUUGCUGGAUUUGGUGGAGAAUACUGCUGGGGAUAGUUUUGAGUUGUAUUAUGGGUUGUUUAUGUAUAAUCAGAAUGCUAUGGAGCAGUUGGAGAGGUUGGAUAUGGCAUUUGAGGCAAUUAAAAAGGAAUUGUUUGGGAAGUUGCAUCAAGUUUAUAGGAGGCAGUUGUUUGGGACUGCAGAUGGAUUAGAGGAGCGGCCUAAGAUACAGAAGUUGCUUCAUAAUGGUGCUCCUGUGGAACCUUCUACAGAUACAACGGAACAAGAAAGAUCUUGAGCAUAAAUGAGCUUUUUCUAUGCUGGGCUUUCACAGCCUUUUCAAACUGAGUUGUCUUCAUGCUGAUGCUGAUACUUUAUUAUGUCAUUUCUGUUUGGUAGUGGGUUUAGCACUUUUUUAGUUGCGGCUUUUGAUGGACGACGCUAACUUUUAAGUUCAUCAGUGUCCAUACUUUAAUUGCUUUUGGCGGCAUUAACGUGAAAUAUGUUUUAGUGCA